AGACAGAACUACACGGACAUCAGAAAUCAGUACUUUAGUCUUCCUCAGGAUGCCUGAUCCAGGUAUUUUCUCCCCUGCACUCAGCAAGUUACCAGUUUCAAGAUUGUGUUCAGUGCUCUGAAGCAGAUUUCUACUGCAUGCCUUGGAUACAUGCUCCUAAUCAGCUUACGAGCUUUUCUUGACCUACGCUUCUUUUCCUAACGCUGAUCUGACUAUGGCUGUCCUCAAAGUAAAAUUCACCAAAACUAAGAGGGACAAAUUGGCUCAGAUCUUAUGGAUCCUCAACUGGGUUUCUGUAGUGAGCGGGAUCAUUCUCUUCAGUCUUGGCCUCUUUCUGAAAAUAGAGAUCAAGAAGCGCAAUGAAGUGAUGGCAAAAGGGGACGUUAACUCUGUCCCCAACAUGCUGAUCUCUGUAGGGGUCAUAGCAUGUAUCAUCAACUUUCUGGGUGGCAAAAUCUGCUAUGACUGCUCAGAUGCCAACAAGUUCUCUCGAUGGAAACUAGUUAUGCUCCCAUAUAUCGUAUGUACCUUCUGUUUUACCUUUUGCAUCCUGGUGGGUGCUCUCAUGUGCUAUACCAUGAGGAACGAGCUGGAAGAGUCUCUCUAUCUGGGACUGAGGGAUGCUAUUAAGUUCUAUAAGGACACGGACAUACCUGGACGAUGUUUCUUAAAGAAAACAGUGGAUAUGUUACAAAUUGGAUUCAAAUGCUGUGGAAACAAUGGCUUUAGAGACUGGUUUGAAAUUCAGUGGGUAUCUGCUCGUUAUCUGAAUAUGGCUUCCAAGGAAGUUCUGGACCGUCUAAAGAGCAAUGUUGAUGGAAAGUUCUUGGUGGAUGGAGUACCCUUCAGCUGCUGCAACCCAAGCUCCCCGCGGCCCUGUAUCCAGUACCAGCUGACAAACAACAGUGCUCACUACAACUACGAUUUUCUGACAGAGGAACUCAAUAUCUGGGUGAAGGGGUGCAGAGAGGCCCUGCUGGAUUACUACACAGCUAUUAUGAGAUCUGUUGGUAUCACAGCAUUGCUUAUUUGGUUGUUUGAGCUCUCUGUACUUAUUGGUGUCCGGUACCUACAAACAGCAAUGAAGAAUGUCCUUCUGCUAGGAGAUUUGGAGGGUGAGUCAGACGGUUGGUUACUAGAAAACAGCUUUGUGGAAACUGCCAAAUACAACAUCAGUAUCAUUAAGAACCUCGGCAAAGCCAACCAGAUCUCCACUGUCUCAGGCAUGAAUGACCCCAACAUUGACGUUCAAAACACAAACUGUGGCAAAACCAAUGUUACAACAAAAUCUAUCCCAGCAGCUAGCUAGGCAAGGCUU